AUGUCGAAGGUCUGCCUAGAAGGUAACCACUGCCUCGGACUGUACGACGAUGGUAACGGUCUUCCAAACAGGACCUACUACGGCCGUGGUUUCAUCCAAUUGACCUGGGCGGCGAACUAUAAAGUCGCCUCCGAAUGUCUAGGACUGGGAGAUAAGCUCCUGAAGGAUCCGGACCUCGUGGCUACUGAUAUCAAGAUCAACAUGCUGGUGAGCGUUUGGUACUGGAAGGCCAGAGUACAGCCGCUUAUCAAGGGCAAAGAGGACAGCUUCGGACUGACGACCAAGGGUAUCAACCCCGAGGAGUGCGUCAGAGUCAAUAGACUAGCGAAGCGGAGGUACAGGAUCUACCUGAAGGUUGCUGACGCUCUGAAGAUUGAGAAUAAGGCCAAGGAGAAUGGAUGUUAUAAUUGACAAUGUUGUAUAGUAAUUUUUUGAAUGUAUGCGCACCCUCACCAAAAAGGUCUGCAGUUUGGUACCUAAAUUUUCUUAUACUUUCUGUAGAAUUUUUCUUCAGAAUUUCUGCACGGAUUUAGCCGUACACUUUUUUAUAAAGUAGGUAUGUACGUGAUUAUCUAUUA